AAAACAGAGCCCAAGAGCGGAAUCGACCCAUCCGCAGCCGCGAACUCCUCUACAAAUAACCAACACUCCACCACUGCCACCACUGCUAACUUACAUUGGACUUCCCACAAGGUGGAAUCAGACGCAAAGGUCCAGGAAAACACUCAAACCGACUCUCCUGCCAACGGUGUAAGAAAAGCCCGCAAGGGUCACAUGUGUCCCAGGUGCAAUUACUGCGCCAAGUGGCCCACGGAACUGCAAAAGCAUGUCGUAGUGCAUGCCACCAUCCGGCCUUUCGCCUGCAUGAUUUGUGGUAACCGCUACAAGUGGAGUUGGGAUCUGGGACGCCACUUCUCCGCCGUGCAUACCUCGUUACCGAACCCCUACAAAUUCAGUCGCAGCAUCAAAAAACACAGUCUGUAG